CGGGGAUUGGUGGAUUUUCACGGGUGGCUGCGUGACGUACCUCCCGGAACUUGUGGACGCACGUGCCGUGAGUCCUACGGACGGGGCCGGGGUUCCGGGAUUUGGAGAGUGGGCUUGCUGCGUUUGGUGGGAGUGAGCGCCGCACGGCAGCAACAUGCCUCACAGAAAGAAAAAACCCUUUAUAGAGAAGAAGAAAGCUGUGUCUUUUCACUUGGUCCACCGGAGCCAGCGAGAUCCUUUAGCAGCAGAUGAAACUGCACCCCAGAGGGUUCUGUUGCCCACACAUAAAAUAAAUGAUGAAGAAAGACGAGCAGAACAGAGGAAGUAUGGAGUGUUUUUUGAUGAUGACUAUGACUACCUGCAGCACCUGAAAGAAACAUCAGGGCCCUCGGAGCUUAUCCCCACCCACACCUCCAGUGCAUACAGCAGUAGAGAUGAGAAGGAAGAAUCUUCAGUAACUCCUAGCACUGGAAUUAAGUUGCCUUCAUCAGUGUUUGCAUCAGAGUUUGAGGAAGAUGUUGGAUUGUUAAAUAAAGCAGCUCCAGUUUCAGGCCCUCGACUAGAUUUUGAUCCUGACAUUGUUGCUGCUCUUGAUGAUGAUUUUGACUUUGAUGAUCCAGAGAACAUGCUUGAAGAUGACUUUAUUCUUCAGGCCAAUAGGCCAACAGAAAAGGAAGAAGGGAUGGAUAUUCCGAAAUCUGAGGGUGAAGACAGCAGUGAGUGGGAAGAUGAGGACGAGACAGGGAGUGGCAGUGACUCUGCAGGUGACCACAACUCUGCAGGCCCAUUGUCAGAUGAAGAUGUGCCAUCCUUCUUUGGAGAUGCUCACAGGCCCAUAGAAAAGCAUUUGUUCUGGGAGGAGGAAACAAAAAGUCGCUUCACAGAGUAUUCUAUGACUUCCUCAGUCAUGAGGAGAAAUGAGCAGCUGACCCUACAUGACGAGAGAUUUGAGAAGUUUUAUGAACAAUAUGAUGAUGAUGAAAUUGGAGCUCUGGAUAAUGCUGAAUUGGAAGGUUCCAUUCAAGUAGACAGCAAUCGCUUACAAGAAGUUUUGAAUGACUACUAUAAAGAGAAGGCUGAGAAUUGUAUAAAAUUGAAUACUCUUGAACCUUUUGAGGAUCAAGACCUGCCAGUGGAUGAGCUUGAAGAAUCUGAAGAGAUGAUUACUGUAGUUCUUGAAGAAACCAAAGAGAAGUGGGAUUGCGAAUCCAUUUGCAGUACAUACUCCAAUUUAUACAACCAUCCACAGCUUAUCAAAUACCAACCAAAGCCCAAACAAAUCCACUUAUCUUCUAAAACAGGAAUACCUCUCAAUGUCUUACCUAAGAAAGGACUCACAGCAAAGCAAGUCGAACGAAUGCAGAUGAUUAAUGGCAGUGAUCUGCCCCGGGUAUCAACUCAGCCACGUUCAAAACAUGAAAGCAAAGAGGGGAAGAGAGCAAGAAAGCAAGCUAUAAAAGAGGAGCGCAAGGAACGAAGAAUGGAGAAGAAAGCUAACAAAUUAGCGUUCAAGCUGGAGAAGAGAAGACAGGAAAAGGAGCUGCUGAACUUGAAGAAGAACGUGGAAGGUCUGAAGCUGUAGGUGGUGGGAUGCUGAGGAGGAGGCGUGUUCCCAUCAGGGGCUCCACGUGUGCGCACUAAGCAGCCAGGUCUUCAGGGGCCACUGUGUGCGCUGCCAUUUUUAAGGAGCAGAUGGCAGAGAGAGAAAUAGAAUACUUAAGAGUAUUUUGUACCACCAAGUUUUCCUAUCAACUGUCUUGUAAAUAUUGUAACAUUUUAAUUUAAAUUAUAAGCUUAGAUUUGCCCUGAAAUAAAUGACUUCAUAAAUAUGAAA